CGGCGAGGGGCUGCUGGAGCACCUGCUGCGCGGGCAGGCGUGCGCGGAGGCUCAGAGGUGGAGGAGGAGCCCAGGCGGUCGUGGUCGUGGCCCGGCCCGGGCAGCGGCCCUGGCACGACGCGGGCGCCGCCGAGCGGUAUGCCGCGCUGGACCCGGACCUGCCGCCGCACGUGUUCGGCGUCGCCGCCAUGGCGUACAAGGAGCUCUGCGACGCGGGCCGGCCGCAGGUCCUGGUCGCCAUGGGGCGCGAGGGCUCCGGGAAGGCGUGCGCCUGCGGCCAGGCCGUCUCGUUCCUGGCCGCCGUGGCGUCGCCCGAGGAGCACCUGGAGAAGAGGCUGCGGGCGCUGUGGCCGCUGCUAGAGCCCUUCCUGGCCGUGCAGCACGAGCCCGGCCGCCCGCCGGGUGGCGUGUCAGGCCCGCCGCUGCCCGCGGCCCCGGCGUCCACGCGCGCGGCGCUGUCCGUGGAGUUCGGCUUCGACGGUGACCAGUUCAUCGUCAAGAACCGCGUCUGCGUGGAGUGCCUGGAGGUCGAGUGGCUCGGCGCCGCCAGCGGCCGCAGCUUCGACGUCCUCCACCAGCUCCUCGCCGCCCGCCGCGCGGGCGAGUGGCUCGCCGCUGGCCCCCGCGCCGCCCUGGAGCGGCUGCAGGCGUGCGCGCGGCCGACGGACGCCGAUGGGCUGCAGCGCACACUGGAGGCCAUGGAGGCGUUCGGGCUGGAGCCGGCCCCCGUGCUCCGCGCUCUCUCCGCGGCGGUGCUGCUGCUGGGGCUGCUGGCGGCCCCCGCCGCGGCGGCGGAGCUGCCCUCCGUGGCCGCGGCGCUGGGGGUGAGCGCCGCCAGGCUCGCCGCGGCCCUCAGCGGUGCGCCCUCGCGCGCGGCCUGGCAGCCGGACGCGGGCGCCCUCCGGGCCUUCAGCGAGGGCGACGAGAAUCCACAUGGAGCCGAGAACCCAAUCUUCCAGCCGACGCCAGUGGAGAUGCCAACGAACCACCUGCAGAUCGAAGGCGUGCGCAUUCCAGUGGAGUUGAUGUUACCAGAAGCGUUCAGAUCCAUGGGAGGUCAAAUCCUAUCAGGACGAGCCCCACGCGGCAAUCUAGUACGACAGCUUGGCCGUGGAGGAGAGCGCCGUAAAUAAGUUGCGAAGUGAAGUGUGCAGUUGAUGGAUAUCACCCCUUCCUGAGCUGCUGUGCACGUUCAUAACUGAGCUCGCUAUCUUUGCGGAGCCAGAUGUCAUGCAUAUUGAUUUGACAUAUCUUUGCCGUGGAUGGGAUUUCUGAUGCAGAUGUCUCGUGGGCAGUUUCAAGUAUUGUCUCUAUUGAUGGGAGUUGUGAAUCUGAGGAUUAUCAGGACUUACUAGCACUGGAAAACGUGGCUUGUGCACGGCCCAGUGUUAGUGACGAAUUUCGUGCUACGUGGUAGGCCAAGGGGAUGGACCCGUGGUCUACCAUCAAGUGGUCUCGCCUUUUGUGGGAAGAAUGCUUCUCGGUGCAUCCAUAUCCAUAUUAUCUCAAUGAUUGGGAUCUCUGCAUGCAUGGAGUCUCAGUGCAUUGUGAACUCGUCCGUGAAACAAUUCAUAGAUCAGCCCUGAGGCUGCUCGCCAGGCCGCGCCCUCGUGCAGGCGAGGCAGUGCUCGCAUCUGCCUUGCUGUCGCCGCGGACGGGAACUGACUAGAGAGGGUAAGGGUUCUGCAGGAUCCCCCCCACCCAGAGCAAAGUUUCAGAAGGACUUCUGCUCUAAAGAUUGCUUCAAUGGGCAGUGAGAGAGAGAGAGAGAGAGAG